GGGCGGGUGCGCGGCGAGGAGCGCGCGAGCCGGGCGCGGGGGUUGCGGCGCCUCCCAGCCCCGCCGGGCGGUGGGCUGGAAACUUCGGCGGGCGGACACCCGAGCUCUGCGCCGGCCCGGGAAGGCAGGAAACCACAAAAUAUUUGUGGACUAGAUCUCAACCAGCAGCCCAAAUGAACUUAAAGAAGCUAGCAUGGGAUGUUUAGCUUUUCAAGAUCCAUACACACAAAACCCUUAAUCGCUACGACGCCAGCAUCUAGGCCUUCUCUGGUUUUAUAAAGACAUGGCCAGACGCUGAUGAUGGAAAAGCAAAGGACUUAAUUACUUGCUUCAGGAUCCUCUCGUGUCAACUGAAAAGUGAGCCAGACAGGAGCACAGCCAUGGAAAGAAAUUCAAGUUUAUGGAAGAACCUAAUCGAUGAACACCCAGUCUGCACCACCUGGAAGCAAGAGGCCGAAGGAGCCAUUUACCAUCUUGCCAGUAUUUUAUUUGUAGUAGGUUUCAUGGGUGGCAGUGGCUUCUUCGGGCUCCUUUACGUCUUCAGUUUGCUGGGGUUGGGUUUUCUCUGCUCUGCUGUCUGGGCUUGGGUAGAUGUCUGUGCAGCCGACAUAUUUUCCUGGAAUUUUGUCCUGUUUGUCAUCUGCUUCAUGCAAUUUGUUCACAUUGCGUAUCAAGUUCGCAGCAUCACUUUUUCUCGAGAAUUCCAGCUACUGUACAGCUCCCUUUUUCAGCCGCUGGGGACCUCUUUGCCCGUCUUCAGAACAAUUGCUCUGAGCUCUGAAGUGGUUACUUUGGAGAAGGAACACUGUUAUGCCAUGCAGGGGAAAACCUCCAUUGAUAAACUCUCCCUGCUUGUUUCGGGAAGGAUCAGAGUGACAGUUGACGGCGAAUUUCUGCAUUACAUUUUCCCCUUCCAGUUCCUGGAUUCUCCUGAAUGGGACUCCCUGAGACCCACGGAGGAGGGCAUUUUUCAGGUAACCCUCACAGCAGAAACUGAUUGUCGAUAUGUGUCUUGGAGGAGAAAGAAAUUAUAUUUGCUCUUCGCCCAACAUCGUUACAUCUCCCGCCUUUUCUCAGUUUUAAUUGGCAGUGACAUUGCAGAUAAACUCUAUGCCUUGAAUGACAGGGUAUAUACAGGAAAAACAUACCACUAUGAUAUUCGGUUACCCAACUUCUAUCAAAUGUCAAGUCCAAAAAUACCCAAGUCACCCCUGACCGAACAUUUCCGGAAUUCCAGACGGUACUGUGAUAAAUGACAUCAAAGUCUGAAGUUUUAUAAUUAUAAAAAAGACUGUCUUCAUCAUUCCCCAAAGGAAAUGCAGAAAAUUGUGCUCACUAGUAUUUUUAUAAAUCAAACUCAGAGACAAGAUGCCACCGCCAGCUGUUUUAUUCAUCUCAACUUCUGCGUUGUGAAUAAAGUUUACAAAUUUCUCUGUA